AUGUCAACAGAAUUUGUAAAGCAAGCUAUAAGCUCAAAUAAACUUGUUAUCUUUAGCAAGACAUUCUGCCCAUACUGUGUAAAGGCUAAGCAAUUGUUUGCAAAUCUAAAGGUCAACGCAUUCGUCAUUGAAUUGGACAAUAGAGGUGACUGUGGAGAAUGUCAAGAUGCUCUUAAAUCAAUCACUGGUGUUAGAUCUGUACCACAAAUAUUCGUUAAUCAAAAGUUUAUCGGUGGUUGUGAUGGUAUGUCAUACUCUCUCUCUCUCUCAUCUUAUCAUUUAUAUCUAACUUUUUACUCUUUACUUUGUAUCUAUCUAUCUAUCUAUCUAUCAAUAGACACUCAUAAAUUACACAAGGAUGGAAAGCUUGUUCCAUUGCUCAAAGAUGCUGGUUUACUUGACUAA